CCCACACCAUGUGUUUUGAGGGCUUUAAAGAAGAUUAACUUUAGAAAAGCCUGUCAAACAUGCAGUGUUUCGAAUUCUCGUGGAUGCUGCAGUUGACUUCGACCCCCUGCCCGAUGUACCACACAGUGCCUCAGGUGGGCGAGGACUUCACUGUGGGCGGUCUGACUGCACUGGUCCAGGAGGUGUCCAUCUGUGAAAUGUCUCCAUCGGCCUCCUCAGCAGCAUCUGGACAGCCGUACCUCGCAGAGCCUCUUCUGCAGCCACGUCAACAAGUGCAGCAGCAGCAGCCAGAACUUAGCAACUUUGAACAUCAGCAGCCUACUGCUGUGCAGCCAUUGAUGGAAAUGCCAGCGCCCCCUGGUGCAGACACCGGCAACAACGUGCCCCUAGCCAAGCGCCUGUUCUCCGUUGCUACUGCUGGGGACCUGAGCACCAUCCUGGAGUGCAGCAAGGAGGACAAGUUGAGUAGCUCGUCCCAGCACUCGGUGGGCGUGGCCACACUGAGCACCACCACUGGCCGACCCCCGGCUGGCGGCAGCUCCGCCCUGCCUGCUGUCCAGGAGGAGCCUGACGACAAUGAUAUUGGUGGUGUCUCCACGGCAACACCAGCACCGCAAGAGAAGCUGCAGGAACAUGGCGAGGGGACCAAGCAAGCAGCGUUGGCCGUGGCCUGCAAGGACCCGUUUUCAGAGAAGCUGCGGUGUACAAUAUUGAACUCGUGGCAGCCUCAGGAGAGCGACCAAGAGCAGCUCCUUGAGUCGUCUGGAAAGUGCCCUGAGCUCAAGGCAGACGCACAAAUCACUCUGGGUAAGGACUGUGAGUUCAUCUAG